AUUUUCUGUUUCGUUUUAUUAGAUCGGAGAUCCCUUUCCCAUAGUUGAGUGUUGAAAGAGGGGUCUGAUUUUGAUAAUAAUUUAGUAUUUACUGCGAUGGCAGCUGCCGAUUCGGGAACUUUGACGAAACAGUUUAAGGAGCAACUGCUACAAUGGAUUGGCCGUCAAACCGGCAAGUUUGUGUUAAUCUACAGCGCUAAUAGAGAUGGUGGAUUGGACCCUGCAAUUUUCCAUCAACAAUGUGACGGACGUAAGCCUACCGUCACAGUCGCUACUAACACAGCUGGUUACGUAUUUGGUGGCUACAUAGGGUUGGCGUGGCACCAGGCGAAUUCUAAUACUGCCGACAGCAAUCCAUCGACUUCGUUUCUGUUCCGCUUGAGUGCAAACAAUGUGUUUGAUCCGAAGAAAGCUCCGUGCUCGAACCAUGAACGAGCAAUUCAUGGUAAUGGCAGUUAUGGUCCAACAUUUGGAUAUUACCAGUGGCUAUCUUUCUCAGGUAGUGGGAAAUUAACUGGAGUACAUUGGACAAGCGAUGUGACGUAUAACAUAGAUAACGCAUACAAAGGGAUGUCCUGCCAAGAAUUCAAUGGUGCCAACCAUCUGUAUACUGAUUUUGAAGUCUAUGAAAUUCAAGAAGGUCAAGAUGAACAUAUAUCUUUAGAAAAGUCACCUUGGCGUAAAGGUGUGAACUGGAAAGCAGAGGAUUUGGAAAAGUUGAAGGACUACAUUCUGAAUUACAAUCCUCUUCGACAACUUAAUUUGAAACACACGAAUAUUUUGGUCGUCGGGCAAAUAGGAGCAGGAAAAUCCAGCUUCUACAAUACACUACAAUCUAUCUUUAAAGGUCACGUGGUGCACAAAGCACGCUGUGGAGGAGGAAGUCACAGCGUUACAACUAAGUACAGAAAGUAUGACAUAUGGACGGACGAGGAACCGUUGGGUAUAAAGCUUUGUGAUACUAUGGGAGUUGAGGAAGAAGGAUUCGAUGGGGCAGAUUUCCAAUAUAUUCUAGAUGGAAACAUCCCAGAUAGAUUCCAGUUCAAUCCAGCUGCUAGAAUAACCCCUUCGAUUGCUGGCUUCAUUAAGAAUCCUACUCUUGGAAAUAUGAUACAUUGCGUCACCAUUGUGAUGGAUGGCAGCACCGUAUCUAUGAUGUCUGAUUCAAUUAUUACAAAACUGAAAACAAUCCAGAGUUAUGCAAAUGAGAGAGGAAUACCUGUUGUAUUGCUUCUUACCAAGAUCGACCAUGUCUGUAAAUUUGUACAAGAAGACACGUCAAUGGCGCUAAGGAGUACAAACUUACAAAAGAUCGUGAAAACUGUUAGUGACAAAUUUAGUGUACCGACAUCGAGUGUCUUGGUUGUGAGGAACUACGAGGCAGAUAUGGAGCUGGAUGAUUACAUAGAUAUGUUGGCCCUUGUGGCGCUACGCCAAAUGCUUCGAGCUGCGACAGGAUUUUUUGAAGAACAUGCGGACCGUUUAGCAGAGGAUAAUCUUGCUGCCUUGAAUAUCAAACCGAAUUAGCUCUGUGUAUUUCCAAACCAAAAUAGACUCUCUAAUGUACAAAAAAAGUUAUGAUACAUAGAAGUAACUAUGGAAAUAGAAAAAUAAUACAUUAUGAAUGUAAUAUUGUAAAAAUCAUUCGUUUUCCUCGAAUAGAGUAUGCACGUUUGGUAUUUUUGAAAAUAGACUUGACAAGGAAUGAUACGAUCAUGAGCACAAAAUAUUCUAAAAUUGAAGCAAU